CAACAACCAUGGCAACAACAACAACAGCAACAGCAGCAACAUCCACAGCAAUUUCAGCAGCAACAGCAACAACUUCAACAGCAGGGUAUUACUUUUCAGCUGCCGAAUUUACUUCAUAGCACACAGAUCAAGACCACUAUACCUUUU